AUGCCUCCAUUUUCGCGUCUGCAACUCGCAGCAGCGCUUAUUGAAUACGACAACGAUCCAGAUGAUCCAGAUGCGCCGUACCGUUCUGCCGAGUCUAGCGCCAUCUUUUCCUUUCUACGAGGUCGACCGAAUCCACGAAAUACAUUGAUGGGUUAUGACGAGAUGCCGCGCAAGAGCGUCGACUAUCUCGGUGUCACGAUUCCCAACGAGGGACACGGCCAGCUGCGGUCGCCGGCAGUGGGCGGUCGAAUGACGCCGAAUGAGCCACCUAUGCCUACGUCAAGACGACAGAGUAUGGAGAUGCUGGCAAACGGUCGCAAGACGCCAGAUGGCCGACGAUCCAUGGAACCCUAUGGCCGACCGUCGAGCGAAAUGCAAAAUGCCAUCUUUCGGGGACAUGACGAUGAAGACGAUGACGAUGACCUACACGAUACUCCCGAAGUCAACCUGGCGUCUUGGGGCGUUGACGAAUUUCUUGUCAAAGAACAGCCGAGAGCUAGGUCGCGAGCCAGUAGUGUCAAUGCGUAUAACCGAGCAGCCUCUCCUGGUCCGAGUAUGAGACCGAGCAUGCACGAACGCGUCGCUUCCACCGCGUCUGCAGGGUUGGGGUCUGUUCCAGCUCAACGAGGAGCGAACCGACGCUCGGAUGGCCAACGAGCAAUGAGCGCAGGUGACUGGGGAGUGCGGGAGCAAGCAGUCGACUUUGAGGGAGUUGAUAAACCCCGAACUUCGACCUCUUCUGGCCGGCCUCGCCCCACCUCGGUGGCAGACCUCGACGAUCUUGCGGCUCAAAACCAACAUCCUCCCAUCUCGUAUCGAGCUCGAGCAGGCUCCGUCUCUGGUUUGCAACAAGUCGCCUUUCCGUCCAGCGCUAGGUCGGAGUCAGUCCAUGAAUCGAACCCAUUCGAGAUCCCACCCCCUUCUCCUACACACACUUCUCGUUUUGACCCGAAAGCGACAGCGCAUCAGCGAAAUAUCUCGUUUGCUUCCCUCAGUACGCACCGUAUCUUGGAUGCGAAUAGGGACGUGCCGGACAAUGCCUCAGUGAUGGCUGGUCCCCUUCGACAUGAGCCCCCCAGUCGUUAUUCUCGAGCAGAUAUUCUUCGCCCCAAGGUUCUCGUCAUGCCUGCCCCACUCCAAGAACAAGAAGAAGCCAAUGCCCCGGCUCCGCGACCCGUACGCGAAGGCUUUCAAGAUUCGACAGACUCACGACCUCUGCCUCCUGGUGCUAAAACUGUGGGCGCGUCGACGUAUGGAACUGGAGGCAACCACAACUACCGCUCGAGCAUGACGCUCUCUCAAUUGACAUUCCGGAAUUCGCUCAUGGUCGGUGGUCAGCGGGAUCCUUCAUUUGUAGAUUUGGAGCGCCAUCUUCGGAGGGCGGAGCAUGAAGGAGAAAUGAUACAGCAGGAGAUGGAGCCAGAGUUGGAGCUAGCUUUGGAGGAACCUAUGGGCCCCCGCGCUCCUGGAAAACUGUACGGGAGGAGCUUGAUUGACGACUUGGAGGCGAGAAAGGCACAGCUCAAGAGCAAGCAACGAGUAUUCCGUGGGGAUGACCGUCCUUCCAUGAUGCAAAGACCGCAACCAAGACGGGGUAAUACCCUGAUUGACGCUGAGGAUCUGCAUCAACCCGCCCAAAGCAGCGCUCCUCGCCCUCAGAUGAUGCGCAACGCAAGCUCGCAGGAACCGUUGGUCAACUUUCGGGACGACCCAGUCCCAGGAACGAAUUUACGUCCAAAUGCAGGCAGAACUGGUACUGGCUUGACCACGUCCCGCUCCGUCUUUGGUGUCGACCCUAUAUGGGAGCGAGAGUUGGAGAAGCUCAAGGUCAUUGAAGCUCAGGAAAAGGCAGAAGCCGAAGAGCAACAAAGGCUCGAAGACGAAAAAGCUGCCAAAAAGGCCGCCAAACGAUCGAGAGGAAAGAACAAGUCGAUCGACAACUUUGGCGCAUUUGUUCAUUCCGGUGACCAUGCCGCUGGACACGAUCCUGAAGGUUCACCUAUACCAAGAGCAUCUGCAGAGCCACCCCUUCUCCCUGCGGUCGAUCCAUUCCCCAUGCCACCACCCGCCCAACCCGAAUCGGACUCGGACUCUGACAACGAAAGAGAGGUGGAAAGACGGAGAGCCGCUAGCCGCAUGCGGACUGCGGGCCCAAAUGACGAAUGGCUUUCUGACGAUGAGAGAGAGGCCCUUGCUCGUCGCAUUCCUCCGCGAGUGCAGCCGCCUGCCACCGCCAAGUAUGCUGCCGGACUUCGUGUCGGCGAUAGCGACAGUGACGAAGAUAUUCCGUUGACUAGCGCGCUAGUCAAAGCGCGACAACGUCAAGAAGCCGAAGAUUCAGAGGAGGACAAGCCUCUAGCAACAGUGCUCAAAAAGUCUAUCUCCACCUUUGACUUUGGCGGAACAGUACUUGCCGAAGUAGCCAAACCACCGCUGAAGAAGCAAGCAGCCGAUUCGGAUUCGGACGACGACAAACCGUUGGGAUUACGUCCUGUCCCAUCUCAGAGCAGGUUUUUAUCUGUGAAUAAUCCCGAUGACGAAGAUCAGCCCUUGGGAUUGCGAUAUUCUGUCGCCGGAUCUCAGAUGUUUGGCGGACCACAGCAGCAACAGCAGCAGCAAUUCAUGAUGCAGCAGAUGAUGCAACAGCAAAUGAUGGCGCAGAUGCAAGGUUCCAUGUUCAAUCCCAUGAUGAUGGGCGGCAGCAUGCCGACUAUGGGCAUGCCGAUGGGUUUCCCUCCAAUGGGUAUGAAUCCACCCAUGAUGCCCAUGGGCCCUGGUUCGUUUACAAACCCAGCACCUCCUGCUGACCAAGCUACGUAUGGCAGAGUGGACAGAUGGAGGCGCGACGUCGGGGCAUCAGCUGAUUGA